AUGGAACCAUAAAAUUGUAAUUAAUCUACAUUUAACAUUAGCAAUGUCUAAAUCACUUAUAGAUGGAUUUGAAAACUUAUUACUAACUUAAACUUAAUUCACUACAUAAAGGAGAAAAGUCUUUUUGGAAGAUAAUCUAAAAUAUGGAAAAGAAAUUGAGAGAGAUUAUAAUAAAUUAUAAGAUAUAAUAGAUGUAUAUUGAAUAUCUUAAUAAUAUAUUAGAAUAUAUAAGGUAAAGUUGAUAAAAUUAUCAAAUCUUAAGAAGAUGAUUUUAUGAUUGCAUAUAAAGAAUAAAUGGCUGAAAUAUAAAAAGAAUUAAAAGCUAUGAAAAGAAAGAUAGAUGAAGAGGCACUUAGAUAAAAGGCAGAUGAAAAAAAAAGAAUCUUAGAAGAAGAAAGAGAUUAUUUUAGGGAAGAAGCAUUGAGAUUGGAUAAAUUAUGUUAAGAACAAUCAAGAACCCUUGAAGAAAUAAAAUUUAAAUUAAAAAUAACUUAAGAAGAAAAAUAAUAUUAUGAAGGAUUUGUUAUUGGUAUAAUAAUAAUAUAAAAAUGAAUUUAGAUUCUAAAAAAGAAAAUAAAGCUUUAAAAUAUGAGUUACUUUAAUUAUAUAAAUAAAAAAGUGAAGAUUAAAAAAUUGGUUAAAGAGUUGGUUCUGUUGGAAAUAUUAAUCAACGGACAGUUAUAAAAAAUAAUAUAGAUUAUAGAUCAUUUACAUAAGAUGGAACACUAAUGACUGCUAAUAAAGAUGAACAAGUUGAAGGUUCAAAAAGAGAUUUUUCAUCAAUAAAAUAAGGAUAAAAAACUUAAUUAUCAACCAAAAUACAAGAUUAUGGAUCAUCUUAACAUGAUUUCUUUAGAAGAGAUUUAUCUUCUUAAAAACGAAGUAGAUAUAAUUAGGAUAGUUAAUAAGUAUCAUUUUGAUUUAUUAGAUAUAAGAUAAUACAAAAUAGGAAUUAAUUUAAGAACUUAGAUCAUAAUUAUAAAAAGAAAGAUAAAUAAUACAAUUAUUAAAAGUUGAAUUAUCUAAAUAAAAUUGCUAAAGAGGAGAAUUAGAAUAGAUAUUAUUAGAUUGUGUUAAUGAAAUGAAAAAAGAAGUGUUAAAUCGCUAAACUUAAUAAAAAUAGUUUGUAAAUCAUAGAUCUACUUCAUAUUCAUAAACAAAUAUAGAAGGAAUAAUAAAUUAUUCUUAAUUUACUCAUACUGAUAAAAUGUAUAUUUUUUAUAUAUUAAUAGACAAUUAUUAAAAAGAUUUAUAUCUAGUGAUGAAUUUUUACAUUAAUUAUAUUAGAUUACUUUUAAUAAUUAGAUUUAAUUAUCAACUUCUUUAAAAUUGAAUGAGAAAUGGAAAAUAGAUGCAGAUGAUGCUACUAAAAAAUUUAACAAUUUCAAAUAAUUAAAGUUUAAAUAAAAAACAAGCCAACGUAAGUUUAUUAUAAUUUUAGCAAUUUUAAAAACUUCAUUAAUAAAAAGGCAAGACUAAGAAAUUGUUUAAACUACAUCUAAUUUUAAUGAUAAAACAAGAGAACUGAUUAAUUAAAUUAUUAAUGCUGAUCAAUCUUGA